UCAAAUUCAACUCUCCGUUUACAAAUAGCAGAGAGAAAGUUCUCUAGUCUUCUUCUAUUCAGAGAUCGAUCAUGUCGCAGCAGCAGCAGCCGGAGAAAUACAUAUUCCAAGUGGAGGAAGGCAAAGAAGGUAGCGAUGGAAGACCAUCCGUUGGACCUGUGUACAGAAGUUUCUUCGCCAAGGACGGCUUCCCGGAGCCGAUCGAAGGAAUGGAUAGCUGCUGGGAUGUUUUCCGGAUGGCUGUUGAGAAGUAUCCAGAGAAUCCGAUGCUUGGCCGCCGUGAGAUUGUUGACGGAAAGCCGGGGAAGUAUGUAUGGCAAACGUACCAAGAAGUGUACGACAUUGUUAUAAAGCUGGGAAACUCUCUCCGAAGUUGUGGAGUUGAGGAGCAAGCUAAAUGUGGUAUCUAUGGUGCUAAUUCUCCUGAGUGGAUCAUAAGCAUGGAGGCAUGUAACGCACAUGGACUGUAUUGUGUCCCUUUGUACGAUACACUAGGUGCUGGUGCUGUGGAAUUCAUUAUUACCCAUUCUGAGGUUUCAAUUGUCUUUGUGGAGGAGAAGAAGAUCUCUGAGUUAUUUAAGACAUGCCCAAACGCGACAGAGUACAUGAAGACCGUUGUGAGCUUUGGUGGUGUCACAAGUGAACAAAAGGAAGCAGCUGAAACUUUUGGGUUGGUUAUAUAUGCUUGGGAUGAAUUUUUGAAACUGGGCGAAGGAAAGCAAUAUGAUCUUCCCAUCAAAAAGAAGAGUGACAUUUGCACGAUUAUGUAUACUAGUGGAACCACUGGUGAUCCAAAGGGAGUGAUGAUAUCGAACGAAAGCAUUGUUACCCUUAUCGCUGGAGUGAUCCGUCUACUGAAAAGCGCUAACGAAGCCUUGACUGUGAAAGAUGUGUACCUUUCUUAUCUUCCCCUUGCCCACAUCUUUGACCGAGUUAUCGAGGAGUGUUUUAUCCAACAUGGUGCUGCAAUUGGCUUCUGGCGUGGGGAUGUCAAGUUGUUGAUAGAAGACCUUGGCGAGCUUAAACCAACUAUUUUUUGCGCUGUACCUCGUGUCCUAGAUAGAGUUUACUCAGGUCUUCAGCAGAAGCUUGCUGCUGGCGGAUUCUUCAAAAAGUUUAUGUUUGAUUCUGCAUUUUCCUUUAAAUAUGGACAUAUGAAGAAAGGCCAGUCUCAUGUAGAGGCCUCUCCAUUAUGUGACAAACUUGUAUUCAGCAAGGUUAAACAAGGGCUCGGAGGCAAUGUGAGGAUCAUUCUAUCGGGAGCUGCUCCUCUCGCUAGUCACGUAGAGUCAUUUCUAAGAGUGGUGGCUUGCUGUCAUGUUCUUCAAGGAUAUGGUCUAACUGAGAGCUGUGCUGGAACUUUCGUCUCGCUGCCGGACCGACUGGACAUGCUCGGGACAGUUGGACCACCAGUGCCAAACGUUGAUAUCCGCCUUGAAUCUGUACCCGAGAUGGAAUAUGAUGCUCUUGCAAGUACUCCACGUGGUGAAAUCUGCAUUAGGGGAAAGACCCUUUUCUCUGGAUACUACAAACGUGAAGACCUCACAAAAGAGGUUCUUAUUGAUGGAUGGCUGCACACAGGUGAUGUUGGUGAAUGGCAACCAAAUGGAAGCAUGAAGAUAAUUGACAGGAAGAAGAAUAUCUUUAAACUCUCACAAGGAGAGUAUGUUGCGGUAGAGAACUUGGAAAACAUCUAUGGUGAAGUUCAAGCUGUUGAUUCCGUGUGGGUGUACGGGAACAGCUUUGAAUCAUUCCUAGUGGCAGUCGCCAAUCCAAACCAGCAUAUCCUUGAAAAAUGGGCUGCAGAAAACGGUGUGAGCGGUGACUACAACGCUCUCUGUCAAAACGCCAAGGCAAAGGAGUUCAUCCUCGGAGAACUUGUGAAAAUGGGCAAAGAGAAAAAGAUGAAGGGGUUCGAGAUCAUCAAGGCGGUUCAUCUAGACCCAGUGCCAUUUGACAUGGAACGCGACCUUCUCACUCCGACCUACAAAAAGAAGAGGCCUCAAUUGCUGAAACACUUCCAGAGUGUGAUCGAUGAAAUGUACAAGACAACCAAUGAGAGCUUAGCUUCCAGAAAGUAAAUCCCUCCUCAAAUAUCCGGUCUCUUUUGUUUUUUCUUUGCGUCUCUCAGUAGGCUCUUCUAUCAUUUGUGUAACAAUAUUUCAUAGCAUCAGAUCAGAGCUUGCUACAUACUGUCUUCUUUUCAAAUCUGACUUUAUCUGUUAAAUUACUAAGUUUAAUUGUUAAUCCUUUCAAACU